ACUAAUCUUACUAAUAUGGUCCGCUACAUCACCAAAAUUCAUGGUUCUUGAGGCUGUUUUGGAUUGUGUUCUUGUUACAUUUCAGAUUAAGUGAGAUUCAGUGGGCUGCUUUUGUUCUACUCACUGCUGGGUGCACGACAACUCAUUUGAAUUCAAAUCAUUUUGGAGUCAAGCUGAAAAUGGAAAUGGCCACUUAUCGAGCAUGGAUGUAUAAUAGGCUUCUUCCUGGUCGAAGGGGAUAUACAACUGAGUUUUUAAAUGGCCUUGAAGAGUUUAUGGCUAUUGCUCGUAAACAACCAGUUUAUUUGAGUGAAGGAAAAAUAAGGUGUCCUUGUAAGUCAUGUAAAAAUGAGGCUUAUUUAACCCUAGAUGAAGUGAAUGUUCAUAUUCUUCAAAGAGGAUUUACACCUAGAUAUUGGUAUUGGACAUCCCAUGGAGAGAGAAUCCCUCGUACAAACGUUGAUGUUGAUAUGCAUUCAGUUUCUAGCAGUAGUCAACAAUGGGGUUAUGGAGAUGUUAAUAGACAUCAAGACAUGGUAUUUGAUGCUGCUGGUCUUAAUCAUGAGCAACAAAAUGAAGAGGAACAUCCAAAUAUGGAAGCUGCCAAAUUUUACGAAAUGUUGAAUUCAGCUCAACAACCAUUAUGGCCAGGAUGUGAAAAUACAUCUGAGUUGUCUGCAGCUAUUACAAUGUUGAGUUUAAAAUCUAAGCACAACAUGUCACAAGCUUGUUUUAAUGAUGUGAUGAAGUUUAUGAAAGAGUCAAGCCACCCUAAGAAUGUCAUUCCUUUUAAUUUUAGGGAAACAAAGAAACUUGUAGUAGGGCUCGGUUUAUCGAGUAAAAAAAUAGAUUGUUGCAUUAAUGGGUGCUUGUUGUAUUACAAAGAUGAUAGUACUUUGAAGGAAUGCAAAUUUUGUGAAGAGCCUCGAUAUAAAGCACGCAAUGCACACAAGAAAAAUUCAAAAGAUGUUCCCCAAAAAAGAUUGCAUUAUUUGCCACUCAUCCCUAGACUACAAAGGUUAUAUGCUUCUGUGAAAACUGCUGAGCACAUGAGAUGGCAUUAUGAAAAUCGUAGGGAAGAAGGUGUGUUGUGUCAUCCUUCAGACGGGAAAGCUUGGAAACACUUUGACCAUUUGUAUCCUGAAUUUGCCAAUGAACCUCGAAAUGUUAGACUUGGCUUAUGUGCUGAUGGAUUCACUCCUUUUAACCAACUAGGAACACAAUAUUCUUGUUGA